ACAUUUACCAUAUGUGAGCUCUUUGGCUUAUCCGCUGCACCCGUUGUUGCUGCGCUUCUUCACCGUGGGGCCUCCGCUCUCGUUUGGAGAACUCGUUUGACCCACCCGCUCCAGGUCAGGGAUCCGAGUUUGGGAAGAUGAUGGGACUGCGAUCGACCACGGACACCGGGAGCCCGGACACCUCGCUCGUGACGCCGUCCGACAAGGACCUGAGCUCGGGACAGCAACGCGUGCUGAACCAAGUCAACACCAUUAAGAGGAGCAAAUCGAAGUACAAGAACGGCACGACGAGUCCCACAAGCCCUGCUCCACAGACUUUAAAAACCUCUGACUUUGGAAUGUUCAAGUAUAGGGCAGCUAGCACCUACAGCCGCGCCAACUCCAGCGGGUCAGCCUCUUUCCACAAUAAGAAGAGUCGAAGUCUAACAACUAAAAGUAUGAAGGGAAGAUUAGUGAACUCCAACAUGGAACAAGUCAACACCUCAUCCUGGACAAAAAGCCCCAAUGGGCUGAAACCCAGUCGGAGUGACCCCGUUUUGACUUCAGCUUCUUGUCUUGCUCCAGCACGUAGUAUGAAAGCCAAAGGGCAGAUCAGCUCAAGCCAAAUUCAAGUUACUAAAGAGUCCCGUUCAAUAAUUAAUGGCCCGACUUUCACUGAGAGUCAAACACGCAUUUUUCGGUCACCUUCCACCCAGUCUCAAACCGAUGGCAAGUUGGGCACCAUUAGGGUGUCCAAAAUCGAGCAGUCACCCAUGGUGAACUCUACAGGAUACAUGCAAGAUAAUAUAACCCUAAAAGAGGCCGUGGAUUACCUGUCGAGCUCUAAUGAGAGCUACCAGCAACAUGGGGCCAACUAUAUCCAACACGUCAGCUACAGUGAAGAUUCAGCCAAAGCAGAGGUAUUCGAGCUUAAUGGAAUUCCACCUUUGGUGAACAUGCUGGACAGCAGCAACUCAAGCUUACAAAAGGCCGCUUCUGGUGCUCUGAGAAAUCUUGUCUUCAAGAACAUGGAUAACAAGAUCGAAGUUCAGAAAUACGGUGGCAUAGCUAAGGUCCUGAACCAAAUGAAGAACACAAAGUCUACUGAAACGCAGAGACAACUCGCUGGCCUACUCUGGAACCUGUCUUCCGCUGAAGUACUGAAGAAUGAACUAAUUUCAACAGCACUUAUUGCUCUGACUAAGAAUGUGGUGGUGCCAUUUAGCAUCCCAAAGGAUAACCCAGAAUGUGUAGAUCCAGAAGUUUUCUAUUUUGCCACCGGCUGCUUGAGGAACCUAAGCAGCGGCUCAGCACAGGACAGGGAAAAAAUGCGAACAUGUGAAAACCUCAUUGAGGCCCUGGUGACAUACAUUUCAUCAUGUGAGAAAGAGGGGAAAUCUGAUGAAAAGCCUGUGGAGAACUGUAUGUGUACUCUCCAUAACCUGACAUACCAACUAUGGCAAGAGUGUCCAGAGGCUUCAUUCUCAACAGAGGCUCAAUCUGAGGGUAGGAAAAGCCCCACAGUUGGAUGCUUCAGUCCUAGAAGCAGAAAAGCUAAAGAUGAGAUUUUCUCAAACCCACCGCAAGUCUUGGCAGAAGACAGCAAUAAGAUAGCCCUGGCAUCAUCAAAGGUGGAGUGGUUGUACAAUUCAAAAGCCACAGAUGUGUAUGUUUCACUGCUCAAGUCGUCCGAAAACAAUGCCACUAAGGAGGCCAGCUGUGGUGCCAUGCAGAACCUCACUGCGAGCAAAGAAAAGGGGUCUGUAGCUGUGAGUGAGCAUUUGUUCAAGCAACUUGCGGACAAUUUUCUGCUGUCCAGUCUAUUGCGGUCCAACGCUACUCAAAAGACGUAUGCCUCUCUUCUGGAUAACAUGUCUCGCAAACCCACUUUACUAUCCCAGAUGGCACCGAAGAUUUUGCCUGAACUUGGGAAGGUUUUGUCUGACGACGCUUGGCAAGAGGAAGCUCAUCCUGACACUGUUGCAACUGUUUGCAAUGUGUUACAUAGACUGCUGCUGGUAGACCGGGACAUCAGCAAGAAGACCAUGAGUGCAAAAGUGAUUAUAGGACUGCUGGGGAUAAGUGAGAGAGAUCCUGAAGACAGUGGAUCCCUUGCAGCCUCAAAACUGCUACACAACUUGUGGACAGAUAAGUUUCUGAGAAGCACCAUAAAACAUCUGAAAUUUGACAAAUUCAAAUUUGUUAAUCCAAAAACCAUAGCAGCUGCCACGGAGUCCACGCCCGAUGAAUGAAUGUCCACCCCGAGAUUAAUAAGAGAAGGAAACCCGCCUGAUCAGAAGCUUCUGCAGCCACACCCUUAAAAUCUUCACUGCCAACCUUGUUGGAAGAAGUUAUGUCCUUCUUACGCUAUGUAUAUAGAGUGGAGAGAUUUUAGCCUCGUGAAUAAUCAAAAGUUGCUUGUAAUUUAAUUUGACAGUGUUUGUGCGUUUCGGUAGGCUAAGUGUGAGAGCUAGGUGUGCGUUAGUGCCAAAAUCAAAUUCAUGCAGCCUUCAAUACACAUGACCACUUCAUGGAUUGUGACUUGCAGCGAUUCUUAAGAGUCACAAGUUGCAUCGCUGUAAAAUAUUACAAUGUUAUCAGUUACUAGUGGCUAGAACAUAACACAUCCAUGAUGAUGUUUAGAACUGACAUAUACAUCAGAAACAUGAAAAAAGUUAAGAAAUAUGUUUUUUGGGGGAGAGGGGGUUUAUGUGUACGUGGAAAAUUAAGUGUUUUUAGUAACACUUAAGUAAUAUCAAGCAAAUAAAAAUUCAGUUUGAGGUCAAAAUAAGUACACCACCAGUUUAUAUCAUGAAUAGAAUAGUCGGAAAAUAUCAUGUUCACAUUUAAAAAAUUUAUUUGUUGUUGAUGUUAAAAAUGCUAUGUUUCUGUAAUUGUAUAUAUAUAUAUGUAUACAUGUUAUUCUAUGAUAAAAAAAAAAACAUGCACAUAAACAUGGUAUUAUCAAUGUGUGAAAAGUCCAUAUUUCACAUAUGGAUCUGGCAACUAUUCAUUUUGCUUCUUUGCCAUUUCAUACAGUUUGAACCCAUUACUUCCUUUAAAAGCUGUCUAUUUUGAAGUUUCGUGACAAAAUGUUCACUAUACUCAUUUAAAAACGUUUUCACAAACAUUAAUUCUAUUUCUUAUUCAACAAUCCCAACUUCUUUAAAGUCUCUUUGCACUAAAUGAUGUACAACGUGUAUAAGAUUCAGCUUAUCAGGCCAAAAAAAUAAAUCAUACAUUUUCAGAAAGAAAAAAAAAAGAACAUAAUUUUCUUCCAGGUAUGAAAUGGAAGUGGGUUGGGACAAGCUGGCAGUGUGUGUCUACUAAAUGGGAGUGUGACUUCGCAAAGGAUCAAUUUGACUCUAGCUGCUUGCUGGCUCUUAACAGACAUUUACCAACAGUUACAGCCUGGCCUCUCUUAAAGGUUAUAAAAUACACCUAUUUGUUUUGCUAAUGCUUGUUUAUUGACAUGUUGCCAAUUUUGUUUGAAACACAACUACAGAGACACCUCUUGACACAUUCCUGUAAUUUUACGGUGUUUAUAUAGUAUACAAGGCUUUUUAUUUUUCAGUUUUUGUGAAUCAUUUUUAAAGUGAUAAAUAUUCCACGUCUGAUUUUAUGCUUUAUGCUGGCAGUGACUUCACUGACUGGUGGCUCACACAGACACUACGGUUAUAUCAGUGGUCUUCAAUGGAUACUUCUAGGUUUCUUAAGAUGUGCAGUACUGGGGGAGGGGAGGGAUUCUUCUUUUUUAUUGCCCUGUCACUGAAUGUGCAUAUUAUGUAAUUUGUAUUUCUGAUAUAGGUUCGUGUUUUUUCGACAUUGACUUGAAUUUUUAUGAAAAACCAGAAAAAAUCGAGGCAAAGUGGUAGCAUGAGCGAGUGAUGCAUUUAAAGGAGUUUUGUGCAGCAGUAAAGAGUCAGGCCUGUCAGCCACCGCCUUAUAGCAGGUGGAGCCAGCGAUGAGGGAUGUUGGCAACACUCUCUUAAGUGUUCUUUGAUGCAAUUUAGCUAAUUGCAGAGCUGGAAAUAAAAAGGCUGUACCUUUUUACGUAAGCAUAAUGAAUAAUGAGCUAAGCUCAAAUCAUCGGGCAGGAGGAAGACACAGAUGUUUUUUUUUGUCCAACUCAUCAUGUUUUCUCUCUCUCUCUCUUGCAACCUUACAGCGUUAUGGGGUCUUUACAGGGUAUCUGUUUUGACAGAGCUACUGUCUAUUUCUUUGAACAAAAAAAACCCAAACAUGUUUCCUGUUGGUGCAGAUUGUGUAACAAACGAUAAAAGACAUCUCAGCUAUUUGUUAAGGUGGUUGGCAGCUGUUAGGAUUCCCUAUCAACCCAAAGCGAAAGACAUUGGACAUUUUUAUACUUGGCUGUCUUAAGGUUCCUCUGCCUUAGGCUCGAUCACCUUCAGUAUUGUUUGGAAUGUUUUUUGAGAAUUGCGUAUGUUACAUUUUAUUAGGAGUUUUGUUAUUAAGUUGUUACUUUACAUGCAAAAAUAAACAGCUAUGCAAGCAAAGAGUG